AUGAUCGCUGGGAUGAAGCUCCGCAAAGCCGACUCGUUCCAGUUGGCCCAUCUUUCCGUCCAAGUAGACUCGCGAUGCUUCUAUUCAUUACCACCUAAGAUCCAGCAGAAACUCUUCUCCAAAGAAGAACGGAGUUGGUUUCACCAAACGCAGUUUGAAGCUCGGUUCUUCGAUGCUGCCGUUGAAGCGCCUUACCCGCUAGAGAAAGCAAGCCGUUCCUGGCAUCAGCGUCCUGAAAUUCAGCCCUCGGACAGAAACUCUACUACGACCUCACAGUCAUCCACCUUAUACUUCGACUUCUCGGAUUCGGAUUCCAGCUCUGAUACCGACAUGGACGACUCGCUCUAUGAUACUUCCGUUGGCGUUUCAAGUCGCAAACCGACAUCGGCAGUGUCGCGUCAAAAAGCGCAACCCUUGCGACGGUCGUCGACGUUUCCGACAGCGCCGAUGAAUAUCACGGCUCGUAAUUCAAGUUCUCGACCCUCAUCGAGCCAAAGUCAAGCCCAUAUACCUCGAUGUUCCACAUCCAGUAUCGAUCCAUCGGCGCAAUAUUAUCAGGACCCUGAGGCCCGCCUAAAACUGCGGCUCUACCUGGCCUCACCGCAAAACUUUGAUGAAGCUGUUGAGUUUGGUUUCCCGGCUCUAAACAAUGAGAGAAUCAUGCCAGUCGAGCGGGCACCAGCUGAGAUUGAAACGAUGCCUCAAACAUUUAUCGGCACGUUCCUCGACGACGAGGACACGUCAGUUCCAGACGAACAGUGCGAGAAGCGAAUGCACGUAUCUCAAUUAUCAUAUGUCAUGCAAAGCUCUCGCUCAUCACCCCUUGAAUGCCUAGAUCCAAGACACCAGCCAUGGCUGUUACCACCAAGGUCUGGAAACAAGCAGUAUCCAGGUAGUGACCGCGAAAUGACUCUGAAGAUGACGCUAACGAGACCCGACCUUCGGACGACCGUGCCACCACCCAAGGUGGACCCACUGAAGCUGCCACUGGAGGAUAGCGCUUCCCACUUAUGGGGAUCUAGUGAGGACGAACAAGGCUUGAUGAGGAAAAUGUGGCAUAGUGCGUAUUCGAGCUCGACCACUCGAUUCUUCCUCCCUCCCGCAUCAUCCAAACGUCAUCGGAGUACCAGCUCUUCACCGAAGCAUAACCUUUUGAGCUGCCUGCUAUUGGCACUCAUUGCACAGCGCGGUGCUGCAAAGCCGAGUCUGCCAAAAAUUGCACCCCCAACUAAGAUCGCUCAUAAGCCGAGCUCCCUCUUCUACUUCGAGGACACUGACAUUGUUCUCAUGAACACGGUCAAUGGCGAUCUGCUUAGGUCAGUCGAUGCAGGUGAAACUUGGUCAGUUGUCGAGGGCAGCGAUGGUGGCAUGAAACAUCAUGUUCUUUUGAUCAGACAGCACCCGUAUGACAAUAAAAAGGCCUACGCCUUGGGGCCCAGUGGCCGCCACUGGGUUACAACGGAUCAAGCGAAAACAUGGGAAUCAUUCAAUAUUGCCGAGUUUCCGGCGAUAAGGCACUACCCCCUAGUGUUCCAUGGCGGGGACUCCAGCAAAGUCAUAUUCCAGGGCGAGGAAUGCGCAGGCCGCUAUUGCAUUGUACGGUCAUACUACACGACAGACGACUUCGCUACGGUGAAACUGCUGCGUGAGAGCACUGGUGGAUGUGCUUGGGCUGUGGGUCACCCGCAAUUUGCUGAAGAUCUGAACCUGGCCGAUGAGAUCAAGGACCGUUCGCUCUGUGUCGUCUCAGGUUUGAAAGUGCCGCUUCCACACGCUAAUCGUCUUGUAUACUCUGAUGACUACUUCAGGAGCAACGCUGAAGGCACGGAGACCAAGCUCCGAGAAGGACGACCUGUGUCAGGGGUCAUUAGCACCGCUGCAGUUAAGAAAUUCAUCGUAGCGGCGGCCAAAUCUAAAGGGACCGAGGAACUCGCCUUGUACGUGUCGGUUGAUGCUAAGACCUGGCACCGCGCAGAGUUCGAUGGCCAUCGAAUAGAGGAGGAUGCGUACACGAUGCUAGAGAGUACAAAUUACAGCCUUCAGGUGGAUGUUCUGACUAGUCCAAGAAGUGGCAUGGGCGUGCUUUUUACUUCAAACUCAAAUGGCACCUAUUUCACCCGCAAUAUUGAACACACUAAUCGUAACUCGGAAGGAAUGGUCGACUUUGAGAAAAUUGCUGGUAUCCAAGGGAUUGUGCUAGUCAACACGGUACAGAAUCCAAAGGAAGUCGAAUCUGGCUCCGCCAAAAAGAAGAUUAUCAGCAGAAUUAGCUUUGAUGACGGCAGGACUUUUCAGCCCUUGAAGGCAGACGGGGAAAACCUGCAUCUUCAUUCUGUAACUGCGCUUACAAAUAUAGGGCGGGUGUUCUCAAGCCCAGCACCGGGGCUAGUGAUGGGAAUAGGAAACACAGGCAAUCAUCUCCAAGAUUACGCUGAAUGCAAUCUUUAUAUAUCUGAUGACGCUGGGGUGACAUGGCGGCGUGCUAUUAAGCAUCCCCACAAGUAUGAGUUUGGGGACCAGGGCGCUGUUGUUAUAGCGGUGCGUGAUGAGGGUAAAGUGGACAAGAUCAACUACUCCCUUGAUCAUGGCAAAGAAUGGGCGUCUGUCGAGCUCCAACAUAAGAUUUACCCCACAAUGGUUACCACCACACCCGAUUCCACAAGUUUGAAAUUUAUUGUUGUUGGCUCCUUAAAGGAAGAUAAAGAUGGUGAAUAUGUCAUAUACUCAAUCGACUUCGAUGGCCUCCAUGAGAGGAAAUGCGACGAGGAAGACUUUGAGAAAUGGCCGGCUAGGCUGGGCGAAGAUGGCGAGCCCGAUUGCUUGAUGGGUCAUAAACAAUUUUACAGGCGCAGAAGAGCCAACGCAAACUGCUUUGUGGAUGAGGAAUUCAAGGACCCUGAGCCGAUCUUUGAAGCAUGCAAGUGCACAGCAGAGGACUUCGAGUGUGAAUACAGGCGCACCGAAGAUGGGAAAGGAUGUGUCCCUCCCUCCCCACUCAGCCCCCCGGAAGGCGAAUGCAAAACACCCGAUGAUAAAUUCAUGGGCCCAUCGGGCUGGAGGCUCAUCCCAGGAAAUGCUUGCAUCCGAGAUGGUGGCGAAAAUUUAGACAAGGAAAUCGAAAGAUCUUGCAAGGACGCAGGUGGUCCAUCAAACGACGGCAAAAUUGGGGUAACUUUACAGUUGUUUGAGGCAAGAGACUACGCGCAGUACUACUACUUAGAACGCCAGUCCAGUAGCUCCGGCAGUGACGAAACCAUCAUAAUGUUAAACAGUGAGCAGGAAGUCUAUGUGACGCAUGAUCAUGGCAAGACAUGGGAAAGACCGCUUAAGGGAGAAAAGAUUGCCAGAGUCUAUCUACACCCUUAUAGCAGCGACGUGGCCUUCCUUCUUACCGAUGGCAAAGAGGGCUUUUGGACUGAAGAUCGUGGCCAUACUUUCAAACCAUUUCAGGCUCCGGCUCCACCCACUCAAGAUCGCUUCCUUCAAACUAUGGCGUUCCACCCAGUGCACAAAGAUCGGUUAAUCUGGACCGGCGCUGUGGGUUGCCACUCCGGUGACUGCCAUUCUGACGCUUUUAUAAAGAAAGGGCAUGGUAAGAACUGGGAAGCUUUACUGAGCUAUGUUCAGAAAUGCGAGUUCGAAAGUCGAGAAACCCGGCCAAACAGUUCAAACCUUAUAUACUGCGAGCGAUUUGAAAAGCAGAGCAAGAAUGGUCGACUGCAACUGUUGUCAAGCGAUGAAUUUUUCAAUGACAAUGAGGUCAAAUUCGUCGAUGUCAUAAACUACGCUACAAUGUCGGAGUUCAUCAUUGUAGCAUCGCGGCAGCCAGAGAACCCCGAUUCAUUGGUAGCUAGUACGAGCGUCGACGGCAGGACUUUUGCAACAGCACAGUUCCCGCCAAACGUUCAAGUGCCUGUUCAAACCGCCUAUACCGUUCUCGAAAGCUCAACGCACGCUGUUUUCCUGCAUGUGACGGCGAGCAGCACAGAAGGGGCCGAGUAUGGCCCUAUUAUCAAGAGUAAUAGCAAUGGAACAUCGUACGUUCUUAGCAUCGAUGCAGUUAACCGAAACAGUCUGGGUUAUGUCGAUUUUGAGAAAAUGCAGGGCUUAGAGGGGGUGGCUGUUGUAAAUGUUGUCAGCAACGUGGCUGAAGUCUCGAAAAAAGCGCCAAAAAAGCUCAAGACUAUGAUCACUCAUAAUGAUGGAGCGCAAUGGAUGUUACUUCCCCCUCCAGCCAAGGACGCGGAUGGCAAGAGCUUUGGCUGUUCGGUCGAAACAGGUAAAGGCACAGAUGACUGUUCACUUCAUCUUCAUGGCUAUACAGAGCGCAAAGACGAACGGGAUACUUUUGCUUCCGGGUCAGCAAUUGGUCUGAUGAUGGCCGUGGGUAAUGUGGGUGACCAUCUAGCCGGUGGUGAUGAAGCGGAUACGUUCAUCACAGUCGAUGGUGGAAUCAGCUGGAACCUCGAUGAGGGCGAUACCUGGGAAGAAUUUCAAUUUUCGGAUGUAGAAGUGCGGAUCAACGAUAUCUCAACCUUGCCAUCCGAUACCUCUAAGAACUUCCUUCUUUGGGCUAGAGUAUCGAAUUCUGAAGUUCAAGAUAAGUUCGCCACGUUCAACAUUGACUUCAGCGGAAUUCGCCCGAGACCAUGCUUGUUGGAUGAACACCAAGGCGAUAAUGAUGAUUAUUAUAUUUGGGAGCCGAAACACCCUUUCCAGGAGAAUAAUUGCCUGUUUGGUCACAGUGAACAAUAUCAUCGCAAAAAGCCGUCAGCCCAAUGUUGGAACGAUUGGCGAGAAUCCCACGUCCACAGCAUAGGAACGAACUGUACAUGCACGAGAGCUGAUUAUGAAUGUGAUUACAACUAUGAACCUCAGAGCGAUGGUAGCUGUGCUCUUGUUCCCGGACUUCCUAAGCCGGAUGCCGUGGAAGUCUGUAAAAAGGAUCCUGACACAAUCGAGUAUUGGGAGCCAACCGGAUACCGCCGCAUUCCACAAACAACAUGCCAGGGCGGUCUAAACCUGGACCAUUUUGUCUCCAAACCCUGCCCUAACAAGGAGGAGGAGUAUAAGCAAAAGCACGGCAUAAGUGGCGUGGGUCUGUUCUUUGCCAUCGUGACCCCUCUUGCUGCGGCAGGAGCUGCUGGUUACUAUGCCUAUAGCAGGUGGGAUGGCAAGUUUGGGCAAAUUCGCCUUGGCGAAGAUGCCGGCACUUCGCGAAGCUUCCUGUCGCGAGACUCAUUGUUUGUCACGGUGCCAAUUGCGAUUGUGGCAGGCAUCGUGGCCGUUGCCAGCGCUCUUCCGCUUUUAGUUACAAGUUUGUGGCGGAGUGCCAGUGGAUUUAUUCGCCUUGGACGAGGCAGGGGUUAUUCAAGGCCCUACGCAUCUCGCGGUUCGUUUGCAGCGCGCCGAGGUGAUUAUACUAGCGUUGUCGACGAUGAGGAUGAGCUUCUCGGCGUAGAAGACGCCGAAUUGGAUGAAGAUGACGAGGCUUGA